CACAUGAGUCAUGGGAAAACCUUAUAUUAGAUUCGCUGGCGCAAGGAGUAGCAGUCGUCUAUUCACAGAAGGAUUGGAAACCGGGAGGUUCGCUGCACUACAUACGAUACAUACAGUACAUACGGGAGGAAAGCCGACAAGUAUCUACCCAGUCAGGCUCAAGGCCGUGGCGACUCAGACAUCCAGGUGAUAUUUGGACACGUCUUUGACCUCCAGAGAGUACCGAGACCAACUUGAUAAAAGUGACUCCUCCCUUGCCAUGGCAGACCUGGACGCAGCAGAACAGCACUUUGCAGCUGCACUAAAGGCGGUAUAUGUGAGAGACCCCACAGCCCAGCAGUACCAGAGAGAGGUGGAGCCCCUGUGCAAGUUGGGGGAUGUCUACAGUAAGCGAGGUCAGCAGACAGGAGAUGUGGGAGACUUUGUCAAAGCAGCAGCACUCUAUAAUGCAGCAAUAGCCAGGUCUAAGGAUAAGAUAGUCAAUGAUGAGAUAACAUUAGCGAUUAACGAUGUAGAAAAGUCAUUUCUCAAAUGUAUCUUAGGUAUCCAUUGUAAUGUUAAACAAGAUGACACAGAAAUGUGCAAGAAACAGCUGAAGGAGAUGCGGGACCAGAUCAAGCUGGAGAUGGAAACCAUUGACCAGCAGCUGGAUCCUUAUGUACAUGAUGAGGUUGACCCACGUGUCAAAGAGAUAGAGGCGAAACGAGCUCAGGCUGUCAGACACUUGUUUGAUAAUAUUGCACAACAAAGGAAGGAGUUCAUCAGCCUGCUUGUACAAGAGUGUAUUGGGUUAAUGGGCUCCCCUCCCUGUAAGUAUGCCCUGAUAGGUUUGGGUUCACAGGCCACAGGACUGGUAACUCCAUACUCAGAUCUGGAGUUUGCCAUCUUGGUAGAGGAAGAAAGUGAAGAAUGUCUUGAGUAUUUCCGCAACCUCACCCACUAUCUACAUCUCAAGGUGGUCAACCUGGGAGAAACCAUUCUCCCAGCAAUGGGAAUAAAAUCUCUCAAUGACUUCUACUCAGAUAAUCCCCUUGACAACUGGUACUAUGACUCUGUUACACCACGUGGGUUUGCAUUUGAUGGUUCCAUGCCAAAGGCAAGCAAGACUCCACUGGGCAGGCCAGUGUCUAUGAACCAACCACCAAGUGAACUCAUAUGCACCCCAAGCAACAUGGUUUCAAAACUACAAACAGAUGUCACAUUGUACCUGAAGGAAGGAUAUCACCUUGGCAGCAUCCUAAGAAACCCAUGCCUGAUAGCAGGGCACCAGGAUUUGAUUGACGUGUACAAGAGCACCACAGCAAAGAUAUUGCAAGAAGAUGGGGGUAAAAUGGCUCAACAACUGGCACAGGAGACUAUGAUGGAAAAUAUAACAAAGUCAAAGAACAUUGAUGAAGUAAGCAAUGCAGCGAAACUGAUUGACGUAAAGAAAGAACUCUAUCGCUUCCCAGCUGUAGCAGUGGACUGCUUGGCACUGUCUUCAGGCAUCAUACCUACCACAGUUUGGGAGACAGUAGAAGAAAUGGAAAACCAACAAGUGAUCAGUCCUAACAAUGCGCAUCACCUGACCGUGCUGACCAGCAUCUCAGCAGAACUCAGGCUCAGAACCUACAUUGCCAAUGGCGGACAGAAGGAAAACUUUUCAGCUUUGGCCUCGAUGGAAGCGAUGUCCCCUGUGCGUGGACAAGACUCAGUAGAAGUCCUGAAAAGUCUUGGAGACCUGCACCUUGAGUAA